CAUCGUCCCCCUAGUUGUGCCAUGCGCAGUGACGGUUGUUAUUGUUGAGCUGGUUGUUAUGGCUGGACAAGGCCUCGGACUAAACUGAAAGAGGUCCCCCCCCCUCGCACCACCCCGUCUCCGCUACGGGACACCCGCCACCCCAUGGAGGGCACGGACAUGGACGUGGACGCGGAGCUCAUGCAGAAGUUCAGCUGCAUGGGCACCACGGACAAGGACGUCCUCAUUUCGGAGUUCCAGAGGCUGUUGGGCUUUCAGCUAAACCCAGCCGGCUGCGCCUUCUUCCUGGACAUGACCAACUGGAACCUGCAGGCUGCUAUUGGUGCAUAUUAUGACUUUGAAAGUCCCAACGUCAACACGCCAUCCAUGUCCUUUGUUGAAGAUGUGACAAUUGGGGAAGGAGAGUCUGUUCCUCCAGAUACACCGUUCACAAAGACCUGGAGAAUACAAAACACAGGUGCAGAGUCGUGGCCACCUGGGGUUUGUCUCAAAUACAUUGGUGGGGAUCAGUUUGGGCAUGUAAACACAGUUCUGGUGAAGUCCCUAGACCCCCAGGAAAUAUCAGAUGUGAGUGUGCAGAUGCGAAGUCCCACAGCUCCAGGCAUGUACCAGGGCCAGUGGAGGAUGUGUACAGCCACCGGAUUAUUCUAUGGAGAUGUGAUCUGGGUAAUUCUUAGUGUAGAAGUUGGAGGUCUCCUCGGCGUGACCCAGCAGCUGUCCUCCUUCGAGACAGAAUUCAAUACCCAACCCCAGCGCAAUGUGCAGGGAGACUUCAACCCCUUUGCCUCGCCACAGAAGAACAAGCACGACGCCACUGACAACAGCUUCACAGAUCCUGGCGGGGCGUGGGAACGCACGCAAGAGCCAAUCCAGCAAGAUCAAAAUGGACAGUCUCAUAAUGCUGUAAAUAGGGCGUCAAAUGGUCUCCAAGCCAAUCUUUCUGUGGUGACUUAUGGUCAGGGUAUUCAUGGACCGUAUCCAUUUGGACAGAGCUAGAAUGACAAAGAGCCCCUCCCCACAUCACACCAUGGUGGAUGAUGAGAUUAACACCCUGGCAGUCCUUAAAUGCAGAGGAGUCGGACAGGGGGGACGGAGGAACUGUUGUUUUAUAUUGACUCGUGACAACCUUCUCCUCUACCCUGUGGUCCUUUCCACAGAAACACAAACUACAGUGAGGGGAUGGAUUACAUCCGCUACAGUGAAACAUCCCACCUGACAUCAACACCCGGAUUCGCAUGUGUGAAUGCUUCAUUUAAGAGUGCUAUAAAACAUUACAAAUAGAUACACACGGCUAUUUUUAUUUCCACUGUAAAACACGCCUAAUUAAAGGGAAAAUCAACCCCUGAACAACCUACAUACAAUUUAGUAUUCCCAUGGACAAAUGAAUACUUUGUUUCAGGGUUCCUACACAGGUCUGGACAUUUUUUGGAAAAUUGCUGCGAAUAGUCCAAAAUUAAUGUCAUCAUUGAUAAUUGUGAGGCCUUGAAAAGUUUCCAAUCUGGUAUUAUUUCAAACAGCUUGGGAGCUAUUAAAAAUAAAAAUAAAAAAAUGUGCUUAAAAAUACUAUUGAGAACAUAUGAUGGACUGUCAUGUUUCAAGUAUUUUUGUGGAGAAUAGUUGGAUUUAUGCCUGAGAGGACUAAUAGUUACCACCGAUAUUUGUUUUUAUAUUACAUUUUACUCAAAAGUUACUGUUGUAAACAGUGUUCCCCUUUUUGGGCUAAAAGUAAGCAGUUUUUCACCCUCCUUGAACCCUCCCAGGUUGCUGAGGCAGUUCAAAUAACACGUGGCCGUGAAAAAAGUAUAUAUAUAUUUUUUAUACUGGCACAAAGACAUUAACAACACUAACAAAAAAUACAUAACACUUGUUGGACCAUUUCUUACAUUACUCACUGUCGGUAACUGAAAAACAUCUUUGACACAACAUUUGAAAUGAAGUAACACAAUUACAUUGCUCUCAGGAGUCCACCAUCUGUGUAAUUACAGUAAAAAAAAAUUUUUUUAUCACGUCUGAAAGAAGUAUUGGCUUCCAAACACUGAUCGGACACAUAUUGAACACCACAUGUUCACAUUCAAAGAUAUUCAAAGAUUGGGCAAAUAUCCUCCAUUUCCUCUUUUGCAAAGACAAUAUGGACCAUGCCUGUUUAGGAACCCUGUCUCUCCCAAAGAUAAAAUCCAGGGAACCACGACACUAAUCUGUUCUGUCUGCAGGUUUCCCACUUCAGACUGUAUUGUGUGCGUGUGUGUGUGUGUGUGCGCGCAUGCGUUUUAGGGUAGGUUUUCGCUUUAAAUGGAUGCUGAAGCGCAAAAGGAUGCAAGUGAGUUUACGCAAGUGAGCUGUGAGGAAGGGUUUAAAAAAAAAAGCCAUCUAAAUCGAUUUCGCCUGGUGAGGGACUGCAGUUCUGAGUCCAUGUCCUGUGUGUGUGUGUGUGUGUGUGUGUGCGUGUGUGUGCGCGCCUGUUAAGGUUGCAUGUAUGUUAUGGUUUCUCUUUGGAUUUAACUGACAUAAAAAUGGUGUAUACUACUUGGGCAAAGGAUGACAUGUCUAUUCACAUACAGAUCGAUAUGGAGAGAGCUUCACUGGCCGUGUACCUCUGAAGUAGUUGUUGAGGGAUUCGGCACCGUUUGGAUGAACUGACUCAUUAACUGACCUUAUUAUUUAUUUGAUGUCUUGUUGUGCACUGCGGAUGCAAAAAGUCCCAUGUAUAGCCAGCAGGUGGUGCUAAAAAUCAGAUUUCUUCAACUCCACAUCAUGCUAAGUACAUAGUAAAGAAAAAAUGAUUGUAGUCUGAGACUAUUUGAAUAUGAAAAUUAAUGGUUUGCAUCAGCUUUAUUGGCACUGAUAUUCUGUUACUGCUAUUUGCACAACACUGUCCACCACUUCUGAGGAGGAAACGUGAAAUUAUUUUUGGCUUUUUGUGGAUUGUGAUACCAGCAUUUUCCAGAAGGUUCUGUUGGGUUUUUUUGCUUAUCCGCUCUCCCCUAAAGGCCUAUGUUCUUCACAGCUUUAAAGUUUGUUUUCAAAGUGUUAACCACAAAGUUUUAAAAGUUAGUUUCAUCACUGCACCGGUGAUGUCUGACUUUGAAAAUGAAGAUUGGUUGAUGUUUACAUUGAUCACACAUUUAGGUUUUACAUGCCUGGAAAUGAGUUAUACAGGCUGUCUACUAUCACACCUGAAUUUUUACUUCAGCUUUGUUAUGUUCAUUAUGUCAGACAGUGCAUUUCAUCAUGUAGUUUGGGCUUAAAAAGAAAAUGGGGAAAAGUUGUUGACUCCACGAUGGUGUUCCAAUUUUUUCUAGGAGGAUAUUUUAAUUUAUCAAACUUGUUGUAGUUUUGAUCAUCUAAAUGUUAUUCAUCAUGAUCUUUAGAGUUGAUUGCUUCUAUGAUCAUGUGUACCCUGUUUGUACAAUUCACCAGCAUUCUGUGUUGCAUUCGCUGCUGUAUUUGUAUUGAGUCAACUGAUAGUCCUCCUCCCAAACAGUAUACACUGUUCUGCGUUUGCCUCUUUUAGUCAUGUCAGUCUUUUUUUUUUUGUGUGUGUGUGUGCUUCCUUCCUUCUUGUGAGCUUGCUUGUGAGUGUUUUGGUUUGUGAGAGAGACAGAUGGUGAGAAAUCUGAAUAUUGCUGGAUUAAUUCUCUAGUUUUAGUUUGUGACUAUGUACGGAUUUGAGAUGGGAGGUAUGGUGAGUGGAUGAGAUGAACGUUUACAUAGUCCUUAAAUAGCACAUUUAUCUGAAGAGAAACUGUCAAAAUAAAGCUCCCCCCCCCUGUAUCUAUAAUUAAGCAUUUGUAUGAUUAAAUUAACACUGAAACAAUGA